GCGCGGCGGGGCGGGAGGAAGCGCGGCGGGGCGCUGCGGCAGCAGUCCGGGCGACAGCGGUGCGCUUUACGGCGGACCGUGCGGCAGCGGUGGCGAGCUUUACGGCGGGGUUCGCGUGCAGCGCGAUGGCGGAGGAGGACUGGCUCGGCGUGGAGGCGGCCGUGAGCGCCAGCGAGGACGAGGGGGCGGAGGAGGAUGGCGAGCGGCGGCAUCAGCAGCUCCUGGAGGCGGUUAGCUCCCUCUCCGGACAGAAGCGGCGGAAGCUGGCAGAACGUACGGAGGCAAGCGUGCAGGUGUCCGAGUUCAACGUCAGCUGCAAAGGUGCUGGGGAGAAGCUGGUUCUGUCUGAGCUCCUGCAACCUAUCAAGGCCAAAUCUGCCCUGAGCAGUGUGAAGAAAGAGCUGAACAGAGUGAAGCAGAAGAAGGCAGUGGAGCUACCACUCAGCAAAGAGGAGGCAGAGCGGGUUGUGAGAGAAGCCGCCUAUGUCAGAACCUCUAAAGAUGUUGGCAAAUGGCAGCAGGUGGUUUUGCAGAACCGACGAGCAGAGCAGCUGGUUUUUCCCAUGAAACAGGAGCUCGUGGCAGUUGCACCCCUGGAGCAAGUGGUUUCGGCUUGGAAGGCCCGGACUCCCCUGGAGCAGGAGAUCUUUGGGCUGCUCCACAAAACACAGCAGCCCAUCACAGACCCGUUGCUGACACCACAGGAGAAAGCCUCGCUGCAGGCAAUGAGUUUGGAGGAGGCUCGGCGGCGGCGAGCAGAGCUGCAGAAGGCUCGGGUCCUCCAGUCCUACUACGAAGCCAAGGCUCGGCGAGAGAAGAAGAUCAAGAGCAAGAAGUACCAUCGAGUGCUGAAAAAGAGCAAGAAACGCAAGGCCUUGAAGGAGUUUGAGCUGCUGCGGAAGUCGGACCCCGAGGCUGCCUUGGCAAAGCUGGAAGAGCUGGAGCAACUCAGGAUGGAGGAGCGGAUGAGCCUCAAGCACCAGAACAAGGGGAAGUGGGCCCGCUCCAGGGCCAUUAUGGCUAAGUACGACCUGGAGGCCCGCAAGGCCAUGCAAGAGCAGCUGGCCAAGAACAAGGAGCUGAUGCAGAAAGUGCGAGUGGAGCUGCCUGAGGAGGAGCCAGGCGACGUGCCUGCAGAGGACCUCGUGUCAGAGUCUGUCCCCGCUGUCCCCGUGGAUGCCAGUGGAGCUAAUCCCUGGAUGCUGGGCAAGCCCAGCAGCCCAGCCAAGGAGCCUGAGGUGCAGGAGGAUCUUGGAGAUGUUACAGAGCCUGCUGUUGCGGAGAGCAAGGAGGAGAUGUCGGAGGAGGAGAUGUCGGAGGAGGAGGCCUUGCUACAGGACUUUGAGCAGAAGCGGCACGUGCGGCGACAGCAGGCGGCGAGCCCUGAGCUGCAAGGUGCUGAUAUGACAGAGGUGGUGUCAGAGCUGCCAGAAGACGUCUCUGUUGACCCCAUCUGCACCGAAGAGCAGGUGAGCGUGGGGAUCGAGCAGCCUUCCCAGGCGCAGGAGGAGCUCUUGCUGUUAGAGCAGCCAAGCUGCGUGCAGACGAUGGAGGACAUUGAGGCUUUGGCUUCGGAGGAACGUGCAGAUGAGCAAGAAACACCAGUGGCCACAGGAACGGAGAAGAGAGUGCACCAGCAGGAGCAAGGCAGAGCUGAGGAUAGGCAAGCCAAGAAACCAAAGGCCAAGAAGACGAUCAUCAGCUUGCAGGCUGUGCUAGCUGGAAAGUCCCAGGAGAUCCAGUGCCCCAGCCUCCCCGUGGCUGUGGAGGAAGAGGAGGGUGGCUUCGACCAGAGAGGGGUGAUCACAGAGGCCUUUGCGGGGGACGACGUGGUCGCUGACUUCCGCCGGGAGAAGCGCAAGGCAGAGCAGGCUGGGAAGCCGCAGCCGGUGAACUUGGUGCUGCCGGGCUGGGGCGAGUGGGGAGGCACAGGACUGAGGCCCAGCAAAAAGAAAAUGAAACGGUUUCUGCUCAAGCCACCCCCGGCACCUCCCAGGAAAGACCAGCAUUUGCCACACGUCAUCAUGAGUGAGCAGCGCAACAUCCACGCAGCAGCACAUCAGGUCAGCGAGCUGCCUUUCCCCUUUGAGAAGCACCAGCAGUUCGAGCGGAGCAUCCGGACGCCCGUGGGCCCCACGUGGAACACGCAGCGUGCUUUCCAGAAGCUGACUGCCCCGCGUGUCGUCACCCGAGCGGGCCACAUCAUCCAGCCCAUCUCUGCCGAGAAUGUCCCCUCCCUGGCCGCAGCAGCCAGCAGCGGAGCCAAGGCCGCGUUAGAGCUUGCACCCAAGCGGAGAGAACAACCCUCUUGCCCCCCUUGCCCACGCAAGAGAGCGCGGUAGCUCUGUGUCCCGGUGGCUGCUGCGUGGACUGGCCUACGUGCCUGCUAGGGGAGCAGGACAGGGCCCUUGCUCUGCUGCAGCGAGUCUCCCUGUCACGUCCACGAUUCACUAACACUUCCUCUGUAAUAAGAUGCCUUGUCUGCGCAGGCUUCCCUGCCAGUGCCCUGGGCCUGGGACCGCAGGCGCCCUCUUGCCUCCGUUUGAGUCACUCCUGCCUGUUUUUGGGGACCUAAACGGGGCAGGAAGAGUGGGAUGGGUGAAUUGUACUGGUGCAACGUGAGCAGCUUGCUUUAAGUCAGGCCUAUGAGGUACAGCUUGUGGGUGGGAGCACGUAAAGGAGGUGGAGCUGCCUGUGCUGGGCUGGAUUUACCCUGCCUCUCAUUUCUCUGUCUUUCGUAGCCCAGUUUUAUAUUUUUUUAUCUCGUCUCCAUUGGCUUUCCUACUGCCUGCUCUGAUAAGCCUGUCCUCAGCAGAGCCUGGCCACGUUGUACCACACCUCGGGCCCUCCUGCUGCUCCAAAGUGAAUUCUGGCUGGCUCUAAUAAACCUGGUUAGCUGGAAAA